AUGUGGGGGCAGCACGAGGAUGAGGUUGCUGGGAUUGACGCCUGCAAGUACUUUGAUAGCUUCGACCUGCCCUCCAUCGGCCAGGGGAGCGUCGUGCUGGGGCGGUCGAAGAAUAAGUUCUAUCAGCGAGCGCGAGCGACUAACCGACCGCGCGUCCCCGGAAUGACCAACUACCCGCUCUUUGUGAAGGCGGCCACCAGCUGUGCCAUCGGCGAGUUUCCUGUCCCACGGGCUCCCGAACGAUACACCUACCCUCAGGGCUUUCGGCCCUAUGAUGACUUCCUGACCUUUGAGAUCAAGUUCCACCCUGAAACGAGGGUCACACCUAUGGAAUUCGAGGAGGACCCGGUGCCAUUCCAAAGUUUGCAGGCGGUGGCCGUCGAGGCCUUCUACGCCAACGAGAUGUAA